CCCACUUCACAAAUCACGCAACAAUAUAACAACUAUACCAACCACUAGCUGGAGAGAGAGAGAGAGAGAGCUCAGAGCCACCCAGCCAAAACAACACACACUCCACUCUUCAAACCAUUAACCAAGCGAGUCUCGAAGGGUUUGUUACUAAUACAAGAAGAGCAAUGGCACUGGCUUCCACUUCUGCUGUAAUUGUCCAGGGCCUAUCCACCCCCUUCCUCUCUGGCUCAAGGGCUGGCCGGACUCUUCUAAAUGCUGCCAUUGGUGGCAAGCCUGCCGUCGCCGGUGCAUCCCGGAGGUUGCUCGUGGUCGCCGCCGCUGCGCCUAAGAAGUCGUGGGUCCCCGGCGUCAAGGGUGGUGGCAACUUCAUCAACCCCGAAUGGCUUGAUGGCUCACUCCCAGGUGACUAUGGGUUUGACCCGCUGGGCCUGGGGAAGGACCCGGCGUUCCUCAGGUGGUACCGCGAGGCGGAGCUGAUCCAUGGGCGGUGGGCCAUGGUGGCCGUGGUGGGAAUCUUCGUGGGCCAGGCCUGGAGCGGCGUCCCAUGGUUCCAGGCCGGCGCCGACCCCGGCGCCAUCGCCCCCUUCUCCUUCGGCUCCCUCCUCGGCACCCAGCUCCUCCUCAUGGGCUGGGUCGAGUCCAAGCGCUGGGUCGACUUCUUCAACCCCGAGUCCCAGUCCGUGGAGUGGGCCACCCCCUGGUCUCGCACCGCCGAGAACUUCGCCAACGCCACCGGCGAGCAGGGCUACCCCGGCGGCAAGUUCUUCGACCCCUUGGGCUUCGCAGGCACCAUCAAGAACGGCGUCUACAUCCCGGAUGUCGAGAAGCUCGAGAGGCUCCAGUUGGCAGAGAUCAAGCAUGCGAGGAUUGCCAUGCUGGCCAUGCUUAUCUUCUACUUUGAGGCUGCCCAGGGAAAGACCCCUCUUGGUGCCUUGGGCCUGGGCGUGUAAACUACGUUCUUCUCCUUUUUCUUCUCUUUUAUUUGCUCUUCUUCGUGUUUGUCUUUUUGGUGUCUAUCUUACUAUCUGGUUGCAAGCAACGUGGUAGAACACUGGACUUAAUUGGUGGUCUGGUUUGGCUCUCUGUAUGUAGAGUGGUGUAGUAACGGGCUCUUUCUCGUAUGGUAAUAUUUGUAUCAUUUCCUUCAUGGUUAUAAACGUAUAUGGGGACAUAUGCAGUCCCAGCCAAAA